GAGAAGGAGAGAGAGAUGAACAGAAAGUGAUAGAGACACAAGUGUGGACCACUUUUACGAUUCAUUCAUCUACCAGGGUUGGAGAAGUCUGGAUGAUAGAAGGAGAGGUCCAUUGUCUUCUUACAGGUGACAUUUGAUGUAUGAGAAUCUGACCAUGCUGAAUUUACAAAACAGCUCCAAUUGGACUGGCCCAAACAACUGGUACCAUCCACCUGACACCAUCACCCCACAACAUACAGAUGGCUGUGUGGAAGAUCUGAAUGUGCAGAUGGCCAGGGCAGGGGAAGGAGUGGUGCAGGGAGAGAGGGAUGAGGUGGAUGAGUCUCAACUACACCUGCAGCUGAAGAGGAAGCUGCAGAGAAACCGCACCAGCUUCACCCAGGAGCAGAUAGAUGCCCUGGAGAAAGAGUUCGAAAGGACACAUUACCCAGAUGUCUUUGCUAGGGAGAGACUGGCAGCAAAGAUAGAUCUUCCAGAGGCCAGAAUUCAGGUAUGGUUCUCCAAUCGGAGAGCUAAGUGGAGGAGGGAGGAAAAGCUGAGAAACCAGAAGAGAUCAGGCAGCACGAGCUCCUGUUCUCAGACACACACUCCCCUAAACACGUCCUUUAACUCCCCUGUAUAUCAUCAUAGUAACAGCUCAGGCUCAAUGCACAGUCGGAGUGAUUCCUCUCUUUCAAGCUAUGGCUCUCUGUCUGUCUUCUCCAGUAUGCAGUCUUUGCCCUCUCAGUCUACUCCAACAUACUCCUGCAUGUUACCUCCUUCUCCCUCUGCCCUGCCCCCUCUUUCUCGUAAAUUUGACUCCUCAUCCUACACACCUCCCCAUCUCCCGCCACCUCCCACGGCCAGCGCAAACACAGGUGAGUGCAGUUAUGUCACAUACUCCACCCACACACUGCAUAUCAAUAAUGUUAAUUUCAAAAACAGUUUUCCCUUUGUGUUACAAGUUGUUUGUGGUGCCACGUGUGAAGAAUGUGAUGAUAAGCCCCCUCUGUCUCUUUCAGGAUUCUUUACUGGUGUGUCCGCAGCGGGGCAGACUGCAGUCCAAGGCAGCGAUCAGGAGUUGGGACAUGGUCUGAGUCAGUACUGGACGAGACUGCAGUAAACAGCACAACUUAUCAUUAUCAGACAACCAGCAGAGCUUCAAACAGCACAAUUCAACCGUCAAUCAGCUGCUGGCCAACACACCAGUAACCAUAUUUAUUUAGAUGAUUUACACAAUCAGGGAAGCAGUCUAUGUAAGCCAUAAACCUGUAUAAAAAAGACUGCUGUGGACCUCACAAACCUGCACAAAAGGAAGAGAAAAUGACAGUAGGCCUCCUGCAUUUUGCCCUGCACAUUAAUAAAGGCAAAGGUUGUUAAAGUAUAGGCCAUCACCCUGCCUCAUGUAGCUAAAAAGUAGUUGUUUAAUUGAUGUGCAGCUAAAAUCAGUGUGGAAAUCUACAUAUGAUCAGCAUGAGGGUGUUUUAAAACUCUAUAUGUAGAUUUUAGAUAUUGAUGGUAUGGAAAAUUUGGGGUGUCUGGUAUGAAUCUAUUUCAAAUAUCCAAGGACAUGAACCAGCCAAUGAUAAUAUAGCACUGACACAGAACAAGAGACAAUCAAGCUUAAACUCGAGCUAAGCUGCAACAAUGAAUCAAGAACACAACAUAGCUAAUAAUGAUCAAAACUGAACAUUAAUUUGAUUUUAGCCACUGACAAUCAAAAUGCGUUAUUGCAAAAGGCUGCUAAGACAAUCAAACAUAUGACCAAUCAAGUGUAUUAUACUGAAGUUAAGCUACUGUAAAUGGUUAAAUGGACAUUACUGUGAUUUUACUUAUGGCUUUAUUUCACCACUCUGUAAAAUUGCUAGUUUUUCUUCUCUGUCAGAUACCAUAACCCUGAAUUUCACUGUAGUUGAUUGUUUGAGUGUGUGUGUGUGUGUGUGUGUGGAUUUGGGUGGUUUACGAGGACUGUUUUUUUUAGGUUACAAACUGGUAAUUACAAGGGUAUUAUGCUAUAAAUGUGGUUUAUGAGGAUAUUUCUAGUGUCCCAAUAAUUUAAAUUGCUUUAAAAACAUACUAAACAAUGUUUUAUUGAAAAUGUAAAAAUGCAGAAAGUUUUUUGUGAGGGUUAGGUUUAGGGGUAGGGUUAGGGGAUAGAAUCUAUAGUUCGUACAGUAUAAAAAUCAUUAUGUCUAUGGAGAGUCCUCAUAAGGAUAGCCGCACCAACAUGUGUGUGUAUGUGUGUGUGUGUGUGUGUGUGUGUGUGUGUGUGCAUUUGAAAGAGAGAGAUAGAGUAAGAGAGAAAGAGCUAGUGAUAAUGUUAUUGUAUUUAUCAUUAGAAUUGUGAACAUAUUAGUGUAAACCCUUUUGUGAAAUAACUCAACAUUGAAUAAAAAUAUUACAGU